GGGUUUAAAGAUGAACAGGAAAAGGUAAUACAAAAUCACAAACAACCCCUCGCAGCACCUCCACCUCACCGACGAUCUGCACAAGGCGGCCAUGGUUUCCAACACAACCUGGUUGAGGUACCUCGUCCGUCGUUUCGAGUACUCCGUUGCUCUGAGCUACAAGAGCUACAAACAUGGUAAAAUCUCUAAUACAGAAGUAGGGGACACAGUUUGGAAAACAUUUUUUCAAGGAAAAUUGACAUUUUUGCAUUGGAACAAGGGAGAGGAGAUGGCUCCAACAAUAGCACCCGAAGGGGGAACACUUCUUGUCAGGAAAUUACCAGCUGCAGAUCCACAGCGUGUUUUUGUUGGGGAUGUGGUGGUGAUGAAGGACCCUGAAAAAUCAGAUGGUUAUCUGGUUAGAAGAUUGGCUGCCACUGAAGGCUAUGAAAUGGUUUCAAAAGAUGAAAAAGAAGAACCUUUUGUACUUGAGAAAGAUCAAUGCUGGGUCUUGGCUGACAAUGAGAAUUUAAAGCCCAAGGAAGCGAAAGAUAGUCGGUUAUUUGGGCCUGUGUCGAUGAACGACAUAAUAGGGAGAGUGUUAUAUUGCCUGAGAACAGCAGUGGAUCAUGGUCCAAUUCAGAACAGUCAAUUCAGCAUGCAGAAGGAUUUGCCUGUAUUGGAAGUGGAAUUGGAUGUUGAUGAAAUGGCUAAAAACCACAAAGCUUAGGAAGAAUUUGCAAAUUGGUUUGUAUGUACUCUGUUUGCGCCAAAUUUUAAUAUGUUUUCUUCAAGAACAAGAAGUGUCAAUAAAAAAAAAAAUAGUUCAGAUUUGACCGAAUCUAAUGAUCUUCAAGUCAAGAGAAACAUCUUUUGUGAGAAGAUGGUGUAUUCUCAUGAAUCAUUUGAUGUUCUUUAUACUUUUUGAUUUGUCUCAAACAUUUUCUGUUACUGUAUCAUGUUUUUUUCAUACCUGUUUAAUCUUUAUAUAGCAUUGUUCACUAAGGCCUAAGGGCUCCUUUGUUUUGUGGAUUUUGGCGGAAUAUGAAGGAGUUGGAAAUGGAAUGGAAGGUUCCUUUGAUGAUG